CGCGGGCACUGGGUCAGACAUUGGAUCGUCUGGCUGGACAGCGGGCACUGGGUCACCAGGCAUCAGGUCAUUUGGCUUGACAGCGGGCACCGCGUCAUCUGGCAAGGCAGUGGGCUCCGAGUCAACAGGCACGACAGUGAGCACCGGGUCAUCAGGUACCGGAUUGUCUGGCUCGACAGCGGGCACCGCGCGUCAUCUGGCAAGGCAGUGGGCUCCGAGUCAACUGGUAUGACCGCGGGCACUGGGUCAGACAUUGGAUCGUCUGGCUGGACAGCGGGCACUGGGUCACCAGGCAUCAGGUCAUUUGGCUUGACAGCGGGCACCGCGUCAUCUGGCAAGGCAGUGGGCUCCGAGUCAACAGGCACGACAGUGAGCACCGGGUCAUCAGGUACCGGAUUGUCUGGCUCGACAGCGGGCACUGGGUCACCAGGCAUCAGGUCAUUUGGCUCGACAGCGGGCACCGGAUCAGGUACCGGAUCAUCUGGAUCAACAGCGGGCAUCGAGUCAACUGGCCUAAUAGGAUCGUCAGGCUGGAUCAGUUCAUCAUGCUGGGUAGAGGCAUCAGGCCGAGUAGAGGCUUCAGGCCGAGUAGAGGCUUCAGGCCGAGUAGAGGCUUCA